AUGUCUCGUUACGCCUCUCUCUACACCAACCCCCAAGGCCCAGGUGACAGCCGGCCAACUGCUCUGCAGGUGGUGCAGGAUGAGCAAAUGCAGAACCAACUCGUUGGGAAGACAGCAGUCAUCACUGGCGUGUCAUCCGGUAUCGGCAUAGAAACCGCUCGGGCUCUUGCUGCUACGGGCAUCAAGCUCUUCCUCACUGCCCGAAACCUUAAUAAGGCCAAGGAAGCUCUCGCUGAUUUCUGGGACCCGGAUCAGAUGGAGCUUGUGCAGCUUGAGCUGAGCUCUAUGGAUAGUGUUAGAGCUGCCGCAAAGACCAUCCUGACUAAGACCGACAAGCUCAGUAUCUUAAUUGCCAACGCUGGUGUCAUGGCCGUCCCAGAGCUCACGACUACUGCCGAUGGCUUUGAAGAGCAGUUUGCUACGAACCAUUUGUCUCACUUCCUCCUAUUUGAGCUCCUCAAACCUAGCCUUCUCAAAGCGUCAACUGAGAAAUUCCAGUCUCGGGUCGUUGUCGUGUCAGCUACUGCUCAUCGCAUGCAAGGCAUAUCCGCUUCAAACGACUACAAUUAUGAGGCCAGUGGUGCCUCAGCUUAUACGCCCUGGGAAGCAUACGCCCGCUCCAAGACCGCCAAUACCUACAUGGCCAAUGAGAUUGAGCGUCGAUAUGGCUACAAGGGCAUUCAUGCGACUAGCGUUGCCCCAGGACUGGUUGCCUCCAAUAUUGGUCGUCAUAUUCCACAGGAAGUGAUGGCAGGAGUUAUUGGUGACAAAUUGAAUGAGAUUCAGAGCCUUGAGCAAGCGGCUGCAAGUACUUUGGUCGCUGCUGUGGGUAGAGAAUGGGAAGGAAGAGGGGGGGUUUACAUCACCAACUGUAGUGCUGCGGAACGGGGCGAAGAUGACGGUGUUUCAACUUCUUACACGUAUGUUUCUCACACUUAUAACCCCAAGGAUGAGCAGAGACUUUGGGACGACUCUCUAAAGAUGGUGGAGAAGUGGAACAACCAUAGCACAGCAGACAUUUGA